GAGAGAGAGAUACAGAGACAGUCAGAGAGAGAGAGAGACGGGGGAACUGAACUGAAGAAAUGAAUAAAGUUCUCUUCCAAGACUUCUGCUCCUGUACGGCUGAAAAUCACCACUGCAAAUCUCACCAGGAGGAAUAUGUGUGCUGGAGGUUAGGGAAUCAGCCUUGUGACCAGAAGGUUGCCGGUUCGAUCCCCAGAGCCAACACAGGGAUGGCAUCCAUAAGAAGCUCCAGUGCAGGUCGUUUCUCCACCAGCACGUCUUGCGGCCUCACUCAGGAGAACCCAAAAAAGGAGAGAACUCAUCACUGCUCCGAGUGCGGCAAGAGCUUUUAUCACCAGUGUGAUCUCCAGAGACAUCAGCGCGUUCACACCGGAGAGAAGCCGUAUGAGUGCCUGGAGUGCGGGAGCCGCUUCACUCAGCAAGGUUCUCUCCAGGCGCACCAGCGCAUCCACACGGGAGAGAAACCGUAUCGCUGCUCGGCGUGCGGCAAGAGCUUUACCAAGCAGAACGCUCUCCAAAGACACCAGCGCAUCCACACCGGAGAGAAACCGUAUCAGUGCUCGGACUGUGGGAAGAGUUUCACUCUGAAGGAUCACCUCCAAAGGCACCAGCGCGUUCACACCGGAGAGAAACCGUAUCAGUGCUCGGAGUGUGGCAGGAGCUUUUCUCAAAAGAGCACCCUCCACUCGCACUGGCGCAUUCACACAGGAGAGAAACCGUUCUGCUGCUCGGAGUGCGGGAGGAGGUUUAGAGACAGAGGUGACUUCCACAAACACCUGAGCAUCCACACAGGACAGAAACCGUAUCACUGCUCAGAGUGUGGGCGGAGCUUCAGGCAUUCGCACACUUUGAAGGAGCAUAAGUGCACAACGGGGGAGAAACGGUAUCAGUGUUCAGAGUGCGGGAAGAGAUUUAAUCAACAGAGAAGUCUCCAGCUACAUCUCCGCGUUCACGCCGGAGAAAAGCCAUAUGUGUGUUCAGAGUGUGGCAAGAAAUUUAUUGACCGAACUGGUUUAAAAGUGCACCAGCGCAUUCACACUGGAGAGAAACCGUAUUACUGCUCGGAGUGCGGCAAGAGCUUCCGGCAUUUCAGUUCUCUCCAGGCGCACCAGCGCAUCCACACGGGAGAGAAACCGUAUCGCUGCUCGGCGUGCGGCAAGAGCUUUACCAAGCAGAACGCUCUCCAAAGACACCAGCGCAUCCACACGGGAGAGAAACCGUAUCAGUGCUCGGACUGUGGGAAGAGUUUCACUCUGAAGGAUCACCUCCAAAGGCACCAGCGCGUUCACACCGGAGAGAAACCGUAUCAGUGCUCGGAGUGCGGCAAGAGCUUUAAUCAGCCGAGCACUCUUCAGUCACACCGGCGCAUUCACACGGGAGAGAAACCGUUCUGCUGCCCGGAGUGCGGGAGGAGGUUUAGAGACAGAGGUGACUUCCAGAGACACCUGAGCAUCCACACUGGAGAGAAACGGUUCCAGUGUUCAGAGUGCGGCAAGAAAUUCACCGUACAGAGGCAGCUCCAGAUUCACCAGCGCAUUCACACCGGUGAGAAACCGUAUCACUGCUCAGACUGCGGGAAAGGGUUUACUCAGCUGGGAGGUCUCCAGCGGCACCAGCUCAUCCACACAGGAGAGAAACCGUACUUCUGUUCGGAGUGUGGACGGAGCUUCCGGCAUUCGAACACUUUAAAUGAACAUAAGUGCACUACGGGGGAGAAGCGGUAUCAGUGCUCGGAGUGCGGGAAAGGUUUCACACAGAUGGGAGGUCUCCAGCGACAUCAGCUUAUUCACACCGGAGAAAAACCGUAUCACUGUUCGGAGUGCGGGAAGAGUUUUAAUCAACUGGGCAGUCUCCAGCUGCACCUGCGCCUCCACACCGGAGAAAAGCCAUACGAGUGCACACAGUGUGGGAAGAAGUUUAGUGACCGAGGUGGUUUACAAGUGCACCAGCGCAUUCACACUGGAGAGAAACCGUAUUACUGCUCGGAGUGCGGCAAGAGCUUCCGGCAUUUCAGUACCCUGAAGAGACACUGUCGCAUUCACACCGGAGAGAAACCGUAUCAGUGCUCGGACUGCGGGAACAGCUUUAAUCAACGGAAUAGUCUUAAACUUCACCAGCGCGUUCACACCGGAGAGAAGCCGUAUCGCUGCUCGGAGUGCGGGAAGAGUUUUAGAGAUGGAACUGAUUUCAAAUCGCACCGGUGCAUUCACACAGGAGAGAGACCGCAUCAGUGCUCGGAUUGCGGGAGGAGCUUUAGUGACCGAGGAAACCUCAGAACACACAUGCGCAUUCACACUGGAGAGAAACCGUAUUGCUGCUCAGUGUGUGGGAAGACUUUCCACCAGCUGAGUAAUCUCCGCUUACACCAGAGCAUUCACACAGGAAAGAAACCGUAUUACUGCAUGGAGUGCGGCAAGAGUUUUAACCAACAGAGUAACUUCCAAGUGCACCAGCGCACUCACACGGGAGAGAGACCGUAUUACUGCUCAGAGUGCGGGAAGACCUUUAAUCAGCAGAGUGGUCUCCAGCGACACCGGCGUAUUCACACCGGAGAGAAACCGUAUUACUGUGCAGACUGUCAGUGCGGCAAGAUCUUUCACCACCAGAGUUCUCUCCAAAGACACCAGCGCAUUCACACCGGGGAGAAGCCGUAUUGCUGCUCUGAGUGUGGGCGGGGUUUUACUCUGCAGAGUGUUCUUCAACGACACCAGCUCAUCCACACCGGAGAGAAACCGCAUCAGUGCUCAGACUGCGGGAAGAGCUUCAGAGACAAACGCACCUUCAGAGCACACCAGCGCGUCCACACAGGAGAGAAACCGUAUGGCUGCUCAGAGUGCGGCAAGAGCUUCAGUCAGCGGAAUAACCUUCAGCUGCACCAGCGCAUUCACACCGGAGAGAGGCCGUAUUACUGCUCGGAAUGUGGGAAGAAUUUUAGGGAUGUUCGAGAUUUCGAGUCGCACCAACGUGUUCACACAGGAGAGAAACCGUAUCAGUGCUCGGAGUGCGGGAAGCGCUUUAGUGACCGAGGAAACCUGAAAGCACAUGUGCGCAUUCACACCGGAGAGAAACCGUAUCGCUGCUCGGAAUGUGGGAAGAGUUUUAGCCAGCUGAGCCACCUCCAACUCCACCACAGCGUUCACACUGGGGAGAAACCGUAUCAGUGCUCGGAGUGCGGGAAGAGCUUUAAUCGACAGAGUAACUUCCAAGUGCACUGGCGCACCCACACCGGAGAAAGACCGUACUCCUGCUCGGAGUGCGGGAAGAGCUUUAAUCAGCAGAACGGCCUCGAACGACACCAGCUCAUUCACACCGGAGAGAAACCGUAUCAGUGCUCGGAGUGCGGCAGGAACUUCAGGCAUGCACACACUCUAAAGACACACAAGUGCACUUCAUUUCCGCUGGAGUUUGGUGGUACAAUAGAAGUUGAUCCAUCAUAAGGGUGGCCUUUUUGUCUGAUGGGAAUCACGCUCUAGUAGCAGGUGCCCACUCUGUCCUUCAGAUAUGGCUGAAGAUUUGUUUGACAGGUUUGCUGGUUUAUGUAUCCAGAGUACAGGGCAUUUAAAAAGCGCUGGAUAAAGGCAGUAAACCGUUGCUUGGGUGGUACAGUCAAGGGUCGUCUCAGACCAGCAGAGAACUUGUAGAGAGGAGAAUUCCCACUCUCAUGUUUUCCAGCUCUCAAGCACUAGAGGGCGCUCCAGAGCGAGUCCAAAACAGAACAACAUGAAACAUUUUAACACCGCUGUUACAUUUUCAAGAGCGUUUUAACUCAAAUUAUAGGAGUUGAAAACGCCGCCUCAUGUACAUUCAUGACAUCCGUGAGCAGGAACUGCCAAGGAGCUGCUCCACUCCACCAACCAAUCAGCCCUCAGUAGCAGUAAUGUUAGCGUCCUGCUGACCAAAACCCGUUUGCUGGAGAAAAAAGGAAACGAACAGGUGAAUUUUCUUUGUUUUUUUUAGUGAAAUACAUUCUUCUACUUCCUAAAAUUCCUAAAAGGAAAGUUCUGUUUAAGUCAUUAGAUGUUAACUUUUCGGUUUCAGUCGUUUAGCUCCUUUCACUCCCAUCCAUCCAUCCAUGUGGCUCCCUCUGCUGUUUUGCAGUCUUAUUUCUGAUAUAAUGGGGAAAGGACGCGAACGCACAUGUGCAGAACGUACCUAAACGUUCCGAUUGGGAAUUCAGAUUUAGAUUCAGAAUACUUUAUUGAUCCCAGAGGGAAACUGCAGUUAUUACAGUUGCAACCAUUUAUGUAAAAGAAUAAACACUUUAAUAAUUUAAAACAAAAGAGGGAAAUUUGCAAUAUGUAC